AUGUCUUCUAAUACGAUCGACGAUUUGACUACAAAAUUGGCUGGAACAACUGUUGAAGCGAAUACAGAGCUUGUUUAUAAAAAGAAAAAUUCUACGUUUAAACUGAAUACAGCCCAGGAUGCACAAGAAUUGGUGACAUCUAUAGAAACCUUCAGCAACCUAAAAGCUUUAAGAUUAGAAGGAAAUACGCUGGGUAUAGAAGCUGCUGAAGCUGUGGGCAAAGCUCUACAGAAACACCCCGAGUUUGAGAGGGCGUUAUGGAGUGAUAUGUUUACAGGCAGAUUAAAAACAGAAAUUCCACAUGCACUGAAACAUCUAGGAGCUGGUAUAAUGACAGCUGGAGCUAAGUUAGUGGAACUAGAUCUCAGUGAUAAUGCGUUCGGUCCUAAUGGUAUGAACGGUCUGGUUGAUUUAUUACCAAGUUCUAGUUGUUAUACUCUUAAUAUACUUAAACUUAAUAAUAACGGUUUGGGUAUCACUGGUGGCAAGAUGUUAGCCAAGUGUUUAACAGAAUGUUAUGAAAACAGUAAAACAGCAGGGCGACCUCUGGCAUUAAAAGUAUUUAUAUCUGGUAGAAACAGGCUAGAAAACGAUGGUACUAAAGCUCUGGCACAAGUCUUUAAGAUGAUUGGUACAUUAGAAAAUAUCUCGAUGCCACAGAAUGGUAUUAACCCUCCAGGAAUCUUGGCUCUAGUGGAUGCCUUGAACACCAACCCCAAUAUAACAACAUUAAACUUGAAUGAUAAUACUGUCACAGAGAAAGGUGCCGUUUCAUUAGUACAGGUUUUACCCAAAUUAACAAAUUUAGAAAUAUUAAAUCUUGGUGACUGUUUAUUACGUAACGGUGGGGCCAAGAAAUUAGCCACGGUUUUACAGGACAAUAACCAUAAAUUAAAGGAGUUGAUUCUAUCAGGAAAUGAGAUCAAACAAGAUGGCGCCAAUGAAGUUAUAGAAUCUAUAGAGAAUAAACAGAAUAUACAAAAACUUGAUCUAGAUACUAACCAGUUUGGAGAAGAAGGAUGUGAUAUAAUAAGAGGCAUGUUGGAAGCCAUGAAUAAAGAGGAUAUUUUGGAGUCUCUCAGUGGUGAUGAAGGAACAGAUGAUGAAGAGGAGGAUGAAGACGGAGAAGAAGAUGAUGAUGAUGUUGAGGAGUCUGAAGGUGAAGAGGUCAAUGACCCUGAAUUACAGGUCAAAGGUCAAUCAUUAACCCCUCAGAAAAAGGUGACAGCUGGUGAUUUUCUAGCUUUCCCCUCACCCACCAAAUUACAACAUCUCGGUGAUAACAAAGGAGAAGCAAUCAAGGCUGAAUUAGGGAAUGAGAGUAAUGAUAUAGAGAAAGUUGUAGAUACUAUUUUCAGGAUUUCUAGUAUUGUAACAGAAAGUGAUGUUACCACCAAAACAACAGCUUGUCAAUGUGCAGAUGAGUUAUUAAAGUCAAUAGUCAAAGAUGAAUCCGAGAGUUCUUUAUUUACUAAUUUAUACCUCGUUAAGCUGGGAUUAAUUAAGGGUGAAGACAAGAAAUAUCGUCCCCCAACAGACGUCAGUGGUCCACUGUUAGUUUUAACUCAUAUAAUACAACAAGAAUACAUAGCUCAUAUCUCUCGUGAAAUACUACAAAUUUUUAUUGCCAAAACUCAUCCUGUAUUAGAUAAAGCUCAGUCAGCUCGACAUCAGUUACUACAGACAUUAUACGCAUUCUAA